AUGUCCACCUUUCCCUCGAGAUUUCUUAUGCAGGGAGACAGGCGUCUUCCGGACUGCUGGGGCCAUCGAGGCGCUUCUGCUGCAUACCCCGAGAACAGCUUGUCAAGCUUCGAGAAGGCCAUCCGAGACGGCAGCGAGGGCAUUGAGAGCGACGUCCACGUCAGCCUCGACAACGUCGUCAUUAUGUUUCACGACCCGAGUUUGGACCGUACGACUGAUAUGACUGGACUGAUCCGCGAGAAGGAGUGGUACGGACCUGAAGGGAUGGAGAAGGCCAGGACAAAGAAGCAACCUUCACAGUCCAUCCCGACGUUUGCCGAAACUAUAGAGCUUCUUAUGAAGGAGGAGAAUCGCCAUGCUCUCUUUAAUAUUGAUAUCAAAGUUUGGAACGAGCCGAUGCGUCUUUUCACACUUAUGAAUGCUAUUAUAACCUCGUACGAAGGCUGGGAGACUCUUCUUGCACCUCGUAUCGUUCUUGGCCUUUGGCAUCCUAAGUUUAUCGAACCAGCAAAGGAGAUAUUGCCUUAUUGCCGUCGCUCACAUAUCGGGAAGAGCCCUUACAUUGCGCGCAAGUUUUUCUGGGAUGGAUGUGAUGCGUUCUCGAUACAUUUCGAUGCAUUGCAGACAUUUGAGGGAGAGAGGUUCAGGAAAGAAUGCAAGGCGGCAGGGAAGAAACUUAUGGUAUGGACGGUUAACGAUCCAAGACAGAUGAUGGAGUGCAUUCGAUGGGGAGUAGAAGCGAUCAUUACGGACGUGACGAAAUCCUAUCUGGACUUGCGUGGAUCUGUCGAAUUGGACUACGCCAAGGCCGACGCUGAACACUCGCGUCUUUUCAUGUGGACAACACUCAACUAUUACAUGCCCAUGCAGUUGAUACAGUGGAGGAUCCUCCACACAAAUCUAGAAAUCAUCGGUGGUCCGUUUACUUUGUACGAAUCAGCUAUGUCUUCUACGACUCCCGCGCCUGUUGCGUCUGUUCGCACGUCGGUCACUGCUUGA